CUCUGAACCGCCGGCGAUGGACCUGGACGACCUCCUGCCCGAAAUCGGGGAGUUCGGCAAGUACCAGAAGCUCGUCCUCUGGUUCACCCUGCUGCCGGCCGUCUUCCCAUGCGGUUUUCACGCCUACAACCAGCUCUUCAUGGCGACCGUGCCCGAUCACUGGUGUCGGGUACCCGAACUAGACGGACUCGACCACCAGGUCGCGAAAAACAUCAGCAUCCCGAACGAUGAAAAAUCCAAAUUCAGCCAUUGCACGAUGUUCGAGACGGAAUUUGACAACGAGACGGUCGAAAAUGCGAACACGCCGGGAAAUGUGCGACACGUGCCCUGCAAAAACGGCUGGGUCUACGACAUAGACAGCGUGGACAACUCCGUCGUCAGCGAGUGGGACCUUGUGUGCGGCGACGACUUCGCCCCCACCCUGGCCCUGGUUCUCUUCGGCAUCAGCGGCCUCGUCGGCAACUACAUCUUCGGCUACACCCAGGACCGUCUGGGUCGCAAAACCGCUUACUUCAUCUACCUCUUCAUUCAGUGCGUCUUUGGGAUAGCGACCGCGUUCGCGAGAAACUUCCCUAUGUGGCUCACGUUCCGCAUCGGGGUGGGGUUCACUAUCCCCGCCAUCUUGGGCACGCCGGGAGUGUUGGCGAUCGAGCUGGUCGGUCCGAAGGAUCGCACCACCGUCACCAUCUUGGUGAACAUCGCUUACUCGCUGUCGCUGGUCACCCUGGCCGGCAUCGUGUGGGCCAUCAGGCCGUGGAGGUGGAUGGCCGUCGCGACGACCGCGCCCCUGACGCUGCUCUUCUUCUUCUGGUGGGUGCUGCCGGAGAGUCCGAGGUGGCUGUUGGCCAGAGGCCGCGUCAAAGAAGCGGAGCUCAUUUUGAACAAGAUGGCGAGGGUGAACGGUAAAAAGCUUCCGCCCCACUUCAUCGCUAGGGCGUCGGAGAAGCUCACGCAUCAAUCGUCCGCAGAGCACCGCAAAAGGUACGGUCUCAGAGACUUGUUUUCCUCGACCAACCUCGCCAUCAAAACCGUCAUCAUCACUUUCCUGUGGUUCACCAACACGAGCGUCUAUGUGGGGCUUUCGUAUUACGCCCCCGCACUGGGUGGCGACGAGUUUCUGAACUUCUUCUUGGCGGCGGCUGUGGAGUUCCCCACCUACCUCUUCCUGUGGCCCGCGAUGGUGAGGCUGGGCAGACGAUGGACGCUGUGCAUCAGCAUGGUGGUGGGGGGAACCUCUUGUCUGGCCACGUUCUUAGUACAGGACGAUUAUGCCACAACGCUGGUGCUCUACUGCGUGGGCAAGAUGGGGAUAUCCUCGUCGUUCGUCGUCCUGCCGCUUAUGGCAUCGGAGCUCUACCCGACAGUCGUCAGGGGCAUGGGUAUGAGCCUGAGCUCGGUCAUAGGCAUGCUGGGUCCCAUUUUUAUACCACUUGUCAAUUACAUGGGUUCCGACAUGAUAAUCCUGCCCCUGAUAAUAAUGGGCAGUCUGCUGGUCACCGGGGGGCUGUGCUCCCUAUUGCUGCCCGAGACGAUCAACCAACACCUGCCGCAGACGUUGGCAGACGCGGAGAAGACCAAACUCGACUUUUUCGCCUGCUGCAACCCGCCGCAGCUGGAGAAGCAAUGCGCGCGCGAGCGCACCAACUGCGAGAGCAAAUUGUGAAAAAAAACACCGACGCUUUAAUUAUUAAUAAAU